UUUUAAUGAUUGCCGACCGAUCUUUUAUUAUUCAGAACCGAAAAUGUCUGUAAAGCUACCAGAAUAUGGAAAAAUUCGUAAAGGGAAAUCUCUAAACAUAUGCGUUAUAUGCGAUAAUAUAGCGCAUACCAACAAGUACGAAAAUUGGACUUGCACGUCGUGUGCCGAAUUUUUCGUUUCGUGUGUCAAAAUGAAAGUCACCCCCGCGUGCCAGAAAUACGGGAAGUGUGAAUGUUCCUUCACCGUCACGGAAAAGUGCGAUUUCUGUUAUUUAAAUAAGUGCUAUUGCUUCGGAUUAAAGUCUUAUCUCGUUGAAGGAUUCGAUAUGAAUUCCAUAGAAAAUGUAAUCGGAACUCAGUACGAAAGAGAAGACAAAGAAUUUCUACAUUACAAUAGCUUCAUCAAGAGCAUCUACAUCCUCGAACAGCAGUUCUACCAAUGGAUGGCUCAUCUUCAGAAGUACUGUUCGAGAUCCAUGACAAUGAUUACCAGGAACCAUCUCGAACAAAAGCAUCUGAAAAGGGGGAUCAUAGCAGGUUUUAUCGAAAGGUGUGUUAACGUACACAAUGUUAUAAGACUUCACGAUUGUUUCAUCGAUUGGAAAAGUUCAGAUUGCCUCUUCAUGAGGCACUUUUUCCUCAAUGUUUUACGUUUUACCAAUUCCAUUCGGCGGUUUUAUGCCAGUCAUCAAAAUUUCUAUUCUUUGUUGCUCAAAUUGAUCUUUAAAGAAGAUAUAAGGUUCUAUCAGUGUGAACCAGGAACAGAAAAUUUUUCGAUCCUCUUCACCGAAUUGGAAUGUUGGUUUUCCAGUUGUGCAGAGAAGAAUAAAAUAGUUUUUAAUGAGAAAAUCGUUGAUACCUACGACUUCGACAUAAACAUAUACAAAUUUAAGAAAGCGCUACAGUGUUCUGCAUUUCCUAAGUUUGAGAUAGUGGUGCAGUAAUCCGUAAUCCUUAUAAACCGAGAGUAAUGCCAUAAUUGAAAAUAUAAAUGAAGAUAGAGUGAAUGUAUAAUGAGCAAACUUAUCUAUUGUUAAAAAGCAUUCAUUCAACGAAUGAUCACACAUACGGUAUAUUGUGUGUACUGUUUAGAAUGUAAUAAAAUGU